AUGAACCAAUUAGCCUCCGCUGGCGGUGCCAGGAGCUUGUUACCCAGCAAGACCUUCGGCAGGGAGAAAGACAAAGAUGGCGAUAACGGCUUAUUGAAGCCCUCAACGACCAAUGAAUCGUCUCGGUCGCAAUGGAGUUCGAGGCCUAGCAGUGUUCUCAGCACCGGAAGCAGGAAGGGCAGCUUCGUGGAGGAAAAUGACCUGAAUGAAAGGCUGGGUCUGAUCAGGCGGAAGGAAGUUAAGACGAUGGAAGAUCUGGAAAAGGAGAGGCAGAAGAGGGAAAGGGCAGAAGAGUCCCUACGAGCGACACUAUCCUCUAUAGGUACUUUGGCAACCGAUAUCACCCGUCGGCUUGAUUACACCUACUACAACCUCCUGGAGAGGUUUUCGACUCUCCAUGCGAUAAUAGAUUCGUUCCAGGAGCUGGUUAACUCCGGCUCAGCGUUGUAUGAUGACUUUCAGCGAGAAACAAGAAACAUGGAUCACGAUUACCGCAAACAACUCGAGGAAUUCAAGGGGUUUGAGCCCCAAGUGCGCAAGAUCGAGGCCCUUGAGAAACGGAUGAACGCGGGUCGGGCAAAGUUCGAGGAGCUCGGCAAUCGCCUUAACGCCGUCAGAGAAGAAAUCGAGGGCUGGGAACGUCGUGAAGGCGAAUGGCAGGCCCGCGUCAGUAGGAGACUCCGCAUCAUGUGGGCUGUCAUGGGAACCGCCAUCGUGGUGUUGAUCAUUGCGAUCAUUGUUCAAAGCUGGCCGACUCCCGAUGCCCCCUCUGACGCGAACGCUCUCUCCCGUGUAGAGAUGUCUUUGCGGCAACCGUUGAAUGCCGUGGAUCCGCAUAGUCAAGAUAUGACUGGAAUCCCCUCUCUUAAAAUACCUCAAGGAGAUGAGAGGGCACUCUCGUGGAUGUCUCCUCUCCGUUCCGAAACCACUGAGGCAGGCAACCGUGGCACGGUUUCAACUCACUCUCUAGCAGCUGCAACGGAGACAAAGGAGAACCAAUCCGAUGACGACGAUCCUCUACGAAUAUUCGACGAACUGUAA